ACUUAAAAAACAAAGUCAAAAAAAGGAAAAUGCCAUAAAAAGCAGUAUCAUGCAAACUGGAGGAGGCCCGCCAUUAAAAGGGGAUCUCGAAAUAAAAAUUAUUUCUAUUAUUGGAGAUGCUGCGGUGUAUGGCAUGGAAAGUUCGCGUACUGAUCCUCUAGACAGUGAGGAUGUCAACGAACCUCCAGAGGAAUUGCUGGUACAGCGAGCAUCAACCAGCACCACCACUGCUCACUUAAGUGAAUUGGAGGAUGUAGGAUUCGAAGAACAUUGUUACACAAAGCUACCAGGAAAAGAAGAGAUGUGUCCAGAGUUAUUACCACAACCACAACAACCUCAGUUACCACAACCACAACAACCUCGAGAGUUGUUACCACGAGUUGUUGUUCAAGAGAAAUUUACCACAAAACGUAGGCUGUCCAACAGUUCAGCCAAUACAAGCUGGGAUGAGGCUAGCUGUGAUGAGGCUGCCCCUAGGGCUGGUAAAAAAAUGAAAGGUAUAUAUACAUAUAUAUAUAGAAAAUUGUAG